GUAGUUCAGAACCAUUUUAACGAAUACUCGAGUUGCCACCCAAAAAAACAAAUUUCUUUAUAAAAGAAUUUCUUGUGAAUAUAAAAACAUUAAAAUCAAAAUUCAUAUUAUUAUUGCUGAGUCGAUACUGGAGUUGAGAAACGCUUUUUGGUUUAGUCUUCUUAAAUAUCUUCAUUUUAAAAGCUGUUUCAAAACAAAGGAAAUGGAAAGUAAGAAAAUUUAUCAUGAUGAUUCGACUGAUUCUUCAGAAAGCCUUAACGACGGCUUCAAUGAUAAUAGACGAAGAAUAUUCAGAAGACAAAUUAAUGCAAACACUAAUCUCACAAAAAGUAAUCAAAUUCCAACACUUGCUUUAGCAAAGCUAAAUGUUGCCGGUCAGAGUACUGGAAACAACGAAAACGAGAAAAUUACUUUAAUAGUAGACGACACAAGAUUUUUGAUUGAUAUCGCACUUCUCACACAAUACCCUAAUACACUUUUGGGUCGAAUGUUUUCUUCAGGAAUUGAGUGGCAAGUUCCAAACGACAGAGGAGAAUAUAACGUUGCAGAAGGCAUUUCAUCAUGUGUUUUCCGAGCCAUCCUUGAAUACUAUAAAUCUGGUCUAAUCAAAUGCCCGAGUGGUGUUUCAGUCCAAGAGUUACGUGAAGCUUGCGAUUAUUUGUUGAUUCCAUUUGAUGCUACUACAGUUCGAUGCCAGAAUUUACGCGGCUUGUUACAUGAAUUAAGCAACGAAGGUGCGAAACAACAAUUUGAAAGUUUUUUAGAAGAACUUUUGAUGCCUUUGAUGCUAAACAGUGCUCAGAGAGGAGAUCGCGAAUGUCAUAUUGUUUGUCUUCUGGAAGAAGAUCAGAUGGAUUGGGAUCCCGAUUUUCCUCCUACGACUCAUAUGUUAGGAGAGGAAUAUUCGCAAACAGUGAGCAGCAAUGCAAUGUACAGAUUUUUCAAAUACAUUGAGAACCGUGAUGUCGCUAAACAAGUUUUAAAAGAUCGAGGACUGAAAAAGAUUCGAUUAGGGAUUGAGGGUUGGCCCACAUACAAAGAGAAGAUCAAAAAACGAGCUGAUGGUCGAGCAGAAGUUAUUUAUAAUUUCAUUCAACGACCUUUUAUUCACAUGAGCUGGGAGAAAGAAGAAGCAAAAAGUCGUCAUGUAGAUUUCCAAUGUGUUAAAUCAAAGUCUGUAACAAAUCUGGUUGAAGCAGCUGCUGAUCUUCCAGCCAUAGAUCAAAACAUUAUUGAGAUUUCUCGCAAUGAUCUUGAUCAAGCUGAUGGAGUUAGAGUUCAACAAUUGAUUGAAAAUCGUAUUGAAGAUUUAGAGAAUUUAGAUGCUGUUGGUGCUGAUCAGAAUUGAGUAUCCUUGAGCGAUCCUGUUUGUUUUAUCGAAGUUUCUGCUAACAAUUGAUUGCUUCUUUGAUUAAGUGAAAAGCAUUAAUAAGAAUCGCUUAAACUUCUUUGAAUAAGCUUUUUUUGUUUCAAAAUUCACUGAAAUAACUGUUAAAAUCCUUAAAAAUUACCAUUUUUACGCAAUAGAAUAUUAAUCUUCGACAAUGUUUAUCAAUGAAAAAAAUCGAAGAAAAUAAUAAAAAGCAUUAAAGACAUCAACAAUAUUUGCGAA